AUCGGGACGGAGCCUUUCUACGCGGUGGUAGGCAGUGUGGAGUGGCUCGUUGGAUGCGUCUCGACAUGGCGAUACGCUACGGUCGGCGGGAGCCUGGUGGUGGGUGUCUGGGGGUGUGCCGAGGUGCGAAUCGGGACGGAGCCUUUCUACGCGGUGGUAGGCAGUGUGGAGUGGCUCGUUGGAUGCGUCUCGACAUGGCGAUACGCUACGGUCGGCGGGAGCCUGGUGGUGGGUGUCUGGGGGUGUGCCGAGGUGCGAAUCGGGACGGAGCCUUUCUACGCGGUGGUAGGCAGUGUGGAGUGGCUCGUUGGAUGCGUCUCGACAUGGCGAUACGCUACGGUCGGCGGGAGCCUGGUGGUGGGUGUCUGGGGGUGUGCCGAGGUGCGAAUCGGGACGGAGCCUUUCUACGCGGUGGUAGGCAGUGUGGAGUGGCUCGUUGGAUGCGUCUCGACAUGGCGAUACGCUACGGUCGGCGGGAGCCUGGUGGUGGGUGUCUGGGGGUGUGCCGAGGUGCGAAUCGGGACGGAGCCUUUCUACGCGGUGGUAGGCAGUGUGGAGUGGCUCGUUGGAUGCGUCUCGACAUGGCGAUACGCUACGGUCGGCGGGAGCCUGGUGGUGGGUGUCUGGGGGUGUGCCGAGGUGCGAAUCGGGACGGAGCCUUUCUACGCGGUGGUAGGCAGUGUGGAGUGGCUCGUUGGAUGCGUAUCGACAUGGCGAUACGCUACGGUCGGCGGGAGCCUGGUGGUGGGUGUCUGGGGGUGUGCCGAGGUGCGAAUCGGGACGGAGCCUUUCUACGCGGUGGUAGGCAGUGUGGAGUGGCUCGUUGGAUGCGUAUCGACAUGGCGAUACGGUUGGCACCUUCAUUUGGCGCCAACGAGCCAUUGUUGCCGUAGCUACGGUCGGCGGGAGCCUGGUGGUGGGUGUCUGGUGGGUGUGCCGAGGUGCGAAUCAGGACGGAGCCUUUCUACGCGGUGGUAG